GAUCACCUGGUUUCCCUUUACAAAAGCACUGUAGAACAUGAGUACUCUCAGUACAGGGACAGAAGUUCAGCGGUGAUACUUUUAGAGACAGAGGAGGUAACUAGGGCAGCCAUGCGCCUGAUAGGGUGCACAGUGCUCCUCUCUGUCCUGCUGCCGGCCAUGUCUACCCCAUUAGAGGAAUGGCAGAGGGCAACAUCCAUUUAUAACUUUUCAGCAACGGAUAUCGAUGGCAACGUGGUUUCCCUUGAAAAAUACAGGGGGAAUGUUGUCAUCAUCACCAAUGUUGCCUCUAAAUGAGGUAAAACCCCAGUAAACUACUCUCAGUUUACUCAGUUGCACGCCAAGUACGCUGAGAGAGGUUUAAGCAUCCUUGCCUUCCCUUCCAACCAGUUUGGGAACCAGGAGCCGGGCAAUGAAACUCAAAUCAAGCAGUUUGCAGACACGUUCAGCGCUCGGUUUGAUAUGUUCAGCAAGAUCGAGGUGAAUGGCCAAAACGCUCAUCCUCUGUGGAAGUGGCUGAAGGAACAGCCUAACGGAAAGGGCUUGUUUGGGAAUAGCAUCAAGUGGAAUUUCACUAAGUUUUUGAUCAAUAGAGAGGGUCAGGUGGUGAAGAGAUAUGGACCCUUGGAUGAUCCAAGUGUGGUGGAGAAGGAUCUUCCCAAAUACCUUUAAACCUCUAAGAGAUGCCUGAAACCGUGCUUACUUGCAUCCACUUGAUUUUGCGUUUCCAAUACUCUUUUUUCCCACAUUUCUCUGCCUCUCCAAGCACCGGUGGAUAUAGUUUGGGUCUAUCCCAGACCAGUGACGGUCUGUUCAUCAACCUGCAUCGCAGGCAGGGCAGACCUGAUGUAAAUGGCGUGCAAACCUGCUGGGAAGGCGACCGAGCUUAUAUUCAUAGAGUUCUAUGGAGAGAACGACAGGGAACCCAUUAAUAGAGCAUCAUUCAGCACCUUAAUGUUGGGCAUUGUUUUCAUCAUAAAAUAUACUAAGAUUUGUUCCUGUUAUAUUUUUGUGUGUAACAUUUAUUGUCUGUGAUUAAAACAAAGGUGUUGGGGUUUUUA